AGGUAGUAUAAUAGUCUCAGUCUCCAUACCAUCCACGAUACAGGUAUAGCUCAUAACUACCCCUAUACUACUACAGUAUACUUCAAACAUGUUGUACACAUACGCCAUUCCCAGCAGCAUCGCAGAGACCGUCCUCUCGGCCAAGACGACGCAUGCCACCGUCUCGUUCCACCCGAUCGAGAUCUACAUGACAGGCACGCUGGAGCGGCCAGACGAAGAGCACGACGCGUGGCGGGUGAGCGUGUCUAAUGUGCCCAACCCGCUGGCUCAUCCGAAUGAAAACGCCGUCCUGCAUCUGACGCAGGGGGAGUUGGGGAAGCCGUUGGGAAGCGUCGAAUUGGGGGCUGCACGAUCUGCCGAGUGGCUGAUAAUCCUUCCUGUCUUCUCCCUCCUCCAUGACUUCCAAGUCCAUCCGCCGACUCUCAUCCCCGCCGUGGGCAAUGGGAGCAACCCGUACGGCUGCGUGGUUACGCAGACCCUGAUGGCCUACGACUUUGCCAAUAGUUACGGCGUGCCUUUUGUUGGCGAAUAUACUCCUCCGUCCUGCAGCUUCAACCGGGUUGUCAUCAACUUCACUCUGGACACGAAAGGCGUACAAUACGACCGUCUGGCCGUCAUGUACUUCAACUCGACGGAGAUCUGGCGCACGUCAACCGCCGAGCCGACCACGGAUGGCAUCAUCUACUCCUACGCCAAGGAGAUGCAGCAGUACCUCGCUCUGUGGAAGCAGCCGCAGAAGAUCAUCUUCGACCUGGCAAACAUCGUGGACAGCACGUACACGGGGAUCCUCAACACCACGCUGACGGCGACCUUCUUCACCAUCCCCGACGAGGAGGGUUCCGCUGUUGUUGCGGACGAGAUCCUGCCCAUCUCCAUGCUGCACGGGGGCGACGAUGCCUCCAGCAUGGCGGAGCUGCCCAGCGACACGCUGCAAGUGGCCUAUACGCUGCCACGCAACAUGAAGCGCGCGGUGAUCAGUAUCUCGGCGUGUGGACAGGCAGACGAGGAGUUCUGGUACACCAAUGUGUUCUCGACCGAUGUCGAUACCUUUGCCGACGAGACGGGCGAUCUGUACGGAUACGGGCCCUGGCGAGAGGUCCAGGUCUGGAUCGAUGGCUUCCUCGCCGGCGUCUCCUGGCCGUUCCCCGUCAUCUUCACCGGAGGAAUCGUGCCGGGCUUCUGGAGACCGAUUGUCGGCAUCGAUGCGUUUGAUCUGCGCGAACACGAGAUCGACAUCACGCCCUUCAUCCCGUAUCUCUCCGAUGGAAAAGCGCACACGUUCCAGAUGAUCGCGGCGGGAGUGAACAACAACAACGUGACGGCGUCGGUGUCGAAUGUGACCAACGACUCGUGGUAUGUGACCGGCAAGAUCUUCGUCUUCCUCGACGAGGCAGGCAGCGUGACGACAGGGACGAUGCCGACCAUCUCUGCGCCAGACCCGACGUUCCGCAUCGCGCGCAGCGUCCUCACCAACAGCACGGGAGCCAACGAGACGCUGGUCGAGUCCAUCAGCGCCACACGCUCGCUCUUCAUCUCCAGCACGAUCAAGACUUCCGCCGGCGAGGAGGACGUCUCGUGGUCCCAGGAGCUGCAGUACGUCAACCACGACGUCCUGCCCGACUACGGCUGGCAGCAGGUCACCUUCCAGAACACAAUCGGCGUGGACAAGACGGGCCCCGGCAUCGGAUACGUGAAUGGAUACGAGUACCCGAUCAACUGCACGUACGGGUACGCCGAGACAACCGACUCGCUCACCAUCUGGGGGGAGCUCCGUCGCACGCUGGUCUUCAACGUCUCGGGCCCGGCCGUCUUCCCCAACGGACUGCAGCCCAUCCAGCUGGCCCGGCUCGCCAACCAGAGCAUCCCGGCGGGCUCUCUGGAUCUAGACACAGAAAGCACCGGUUCCAUCCUGUCGACCACCCAGACGGGAACGGCGUAUUAUUACGACAGCACCGACGGGGGGGAGAGCUUCGGCAGCACCAACCAGACCAUGACCUUUGAGGCUGUUGGAGACAAGACCGGCGAGCUGUAUCAGCGAACGGUGGGGGCUGUCAAUUCCUCGGUCGUCUUUGACGACGUCGUUUUCAAGCUGGGAUCCGUAGUAUAA